AUUUGUCGCCUUUAAAGUGUCCCUCCAAGAUCCAAAGACAGAAGAAGUUUCAAAAAGGUGUAUAUGGCUGGGACGUGCUCUGUCAAAUGUCAUGAGAAGAUGUCAUACUCGCGCCUAGGUACGAACAUAUGGUGAAGGUGAAUGUCGGCCCCAGCUCCUGGGAGAAGCAGGAGUUCACUGAAGAUGCACUUGAUCGGCUCUCGGUUGCAGCGUCGGAUCCGGAUCCGGAUCAGGUCCAGAAUUGGAUCUUUGCAUCUUCCAUCGCUUCGCACACGUCUGCUUUCAUCCCAUCCUAUCAAAACUUACAAAAAUAAUACAGUACUGCAAGGCCUCUCAACCUUCCAGGAUACCACCACUGCAAGGAAGUUGUCACCGCUCCGAGGCAAGAACCAUCAGCAAAAUCCAAGUUGCAGCCCCGUCGCUGAAAACCCAGGUAGGGGUGUCUCUUGUCUUGUCAUACCGAGUUCCACGAUCCAUACUGGCAGUAUAAAAAAAUACCUGGGUAUUCUACCGCAAGCGCGUUUCAACCAAGAUACCACGAAAGACGGCGAAUCCCAAUUGGAAUUCCCUUCUAAUUCGAUCCGAGUUGAGGGCUAUGCGCUAACGUCCAUUUCUAGAACAAUUUUUGAAAGUGGACAUCCUUCGCCAAACCCCUCGCUCCACGUGAUUUGCUCCCCUUUCUUUCCGCCUUGUCCUGAGGUUUCUCAACAUGACAGAAGUGAGGGUAGAUGAUCGGAAAGACGAUGAGUCGGAUACUGAGGGUAUCGAUAUCUUUGCCGAUCCGGAGGGCUUCUAUCCACCUUCACCAAAACCUACGACUGAGACGCAUACUCUUCUUUCUGGUCGGGUUCUGUCAUUACGACUUGUGGGCCAUAAUCCGCUGUGGGGUCAUCAUCUAGUAAGAUAUGAAUUCUUUACAUCUACCAAAUAUGAGCAAACCGAACAUCUAUGUCACAAAUCACAACUUUUCAAACUCUCAACUUCUCUUUUCCAUGUUUCUGCAAUCCAUAUUUUCAUAUUCCAAUCAACCUAGUCUUCAAACAGCACGCCUCGAAAAGAGGUUAAAUUAUUUUGCCGUGUCUUUAUCCUUCAUUACUUGCUAUGGCAAACCAAUACAAUUCUCAUUCCACAAAAGAUGAAAUUGUCAAGCAUUCAUAAUCACACUGCGAUUUCAUCAUCUACCUCUCAUCACAAGAUAUCCUCAUACUUUAUGUUCCAUAGUUUAUCUUCGGAUUAUCCUUCGAAUUCCAUCUCCAUUAGUUUAUCUUUCAAACUCAAACCACUAACUCUACUCCUAGUGGCAAGCAGGCCGCCUAAUAUCAACCUACCUCGAAACCCACCCGGACCUCAUCACAUCCAAAACCGUCCUCGAACUCGGCGCCGGCGCAGGUCUCCCCAGCCUCGUCUGCACCCUCCUCGGCGCAAAGAAAGUAGUAGUAACCGACUACCCGGACCCAGAUCUAAUCUCCAACCUCUGGGCCAACAUCGACACCGCACAGCUCAACAUUGCAACUUCCACUUCCUCCGACCCAACCACCAAAAAAAUAGUAGCAGAAGGCUACUGCUGGGGCGCCUCACCCACACCCCUACUCGCCCACCUCCCCACACCCUCCUCCGGCUUCGACCUCCUCAUCCUCGCGGACCUCCUCUUCAACCACUCGGAACACGCAAAGUUGGUGCAGACUAUCCUCGAUACCCUCUCAAGAAGUAAAGACGCGAGGGCUUUGGUAUUCUUCACUCCCUACAGACCCUGGUUGUAUGAGAAGGAUAUGGCGUUCUUUGAUUUAGUCAGGGAGAAGGGUCUGUGUGUUGAGAAGGUGCUGGAGGAGAGGUUGGAGAAGGUUAUGUUUGAAGAGGAUCCGGGGGAUGAGGAGUUGAGGAGGAUGGUUUUUGGGUUUGAGGUGCGGUGGUGCGGUGGGGGGGUGUAGGGUGGGGGAAUCUUAGAAAAGAAUUGGGAAGUAGGUAGAAGGGGUUGGUUUUGUAUGUUGUGAAAUUGUUGUAUUUCGCAUCCGCAAUGUAAAGGACAUAAGACCACAUCCUCAUACACAUCACCCCAACAAAACCCUACAAUCACCCCAACAUUCUCAUCCCCCAUACUAGGCAUUUCAAAGCAUCUUUCCUAUCACUUCAAACUCCAUAACGCAAGUUCCCUCCCUGCCUCUAUCUAAUUAAGCAAUCUUACUGUACUUUCUUAAGAUAGAUUCCAUGGAACAUCCAAUCGAACCAAAGUCUUCCAAGAAUCCAUUGACAUCUGCUGGCCGCUGCUUCGUGGCUCAUUCCUUUAUAUCGAUGAUAAUACUACGUGUAUACUCGGUAAGAGUACCCCAAGCCCUUGCUGAGUAUUGGAUAAGAUUUCACAUGCUCAUUAAGGGUUCGUGAGGGCUUUGGGUUUGGAUGUCCCCCGUUUCCCGUUGCCACUUCCUCUAAAAAGCCUAAGGGGAAUGAGGAAAAAUUGAUAGGUUUAUUGGGGUUGAGAGGUAUGGAGUUUAAAGUGGAGUGGAUGACUUGGUUUGGUAUUUUGGUUGUAGAUGGUUUUUAGAGUAUAGUGAUAUGGAUUUUUUGAGGGUUGUUUGGGG